GUUUAAAAAGGCGCACAUGAUUUGAUGAUUUGAUGAUUUGAGAUCAAUGCCAACGUGAGAUGCGUGAUUUUGAAGACUAGACAGACAUAAUGCGGUCAUUGAAUCGGCUUGAUGAUCAAAUCCAAAACGUGAGUACCAAAUCCCAGUGUUUAUUUUGGUAUAUCGGGCAUAAAUCGGUGGGGCUAUCAAAUUUUGCACGACAUGCGUUUCUCGAUGCGGUUGUGGAACCUCCGGAAUCUUCCCGCUCCGUCCUGCCGCUGAGAUUGCAUUCCCAGCCCAACUGAUAACCACGACGAGUAUAUCAGCUGCCUGCCAUAUAUGUACGUUGAUCGGAGGUUUAAUUAGGCGCGGCUGUAACAUGAACAUUCAUAAUUCCGCUGGCAUUCAAUCAAUGCAGACGUGAACAAUUCCAGCGAUCAAGUGUUCAAGUGUUCGACUUAACCAGCGAUCUCGUGCACAGUGUACAGUGCCUCAAUCGUAGUCAAUACUAAUUCCCACAUAAGUAAAUCGAUACUCAUAACAUACAUACACAUAUAAGGACGUUAUUAAAAGCGAAGCAAAUAAUGGCGCAAAGUGAUUCGGGAAAUUGCUGUGCCAAGCUCAAUAAAGAUGAGUGCUGCCAGAAGACAAAGGAUGUGGUCUUAAGCGGCGUAUCGCCCAAAAUGUUUCCCGACAAAAUCUACAAGUCCGUGCAGCCGAAAGGCGAGGAUGCCACCGGAAUGACCUGCGAAUGCGGAGUUUUUGGCGCUAUCGCUUGCGGGGAUUACCCAACACAGCUGGACAUAGCACAGAUGAUCUGUCUGGGUCUGGUGGCACUGCAGCAUCGUGGCCAGGAGUCGGCGGGCAUAGUGACCAGUCUGGGCAAGUCCUCCAAGAACUUCAGCGUGCACAAGGGCAUGGGCAUGAUCAACAAUCUGUUCAAUGACGAGGCCAUCAGGAAGCUAAAAGGCAACCUGGGCAUAGGACACACCAGGUAUUCCACGGCCGCAGCCUCCGAGGUAGUGAACUGCCAGCCAUUUGUGGUGCACACUGCCCAUGGAGCACUGGCCAUCGCUCACAAUGGUGAGCUGGUGAACUGUGAGUCCCUGAGGCGGGAGGUCCUGGAGCGAGGAGUGGGCCUGUCCACGCACAGUGACAGUGAGCUGAUUGCCCAAUCCCUGUGCUGUGCACCUGAGGAUGUGUCGGAGCACGAUGGCCCCAAUUGGCCGGCCAGAAUUCGCCACUUCAUGACACUGGCACCACUCUCCUACUCCCUGGUCGUGAUGCACAAGGAUAAGAUCUACGCUGUCCGGGAUUCCUAUGGCAAUAGGCCACUGUGCUUGGGCAAAAUCGUGCCCGUGGACGCAGGACAUGCGAACAUCAAUGACCAGCUGGCCGAGGGUUGGGUGGUCAGCAGUGAAAGCUGUGGCUUUCUCUCCAUCGGUGCCAGAUAUGUACGCGAGGUGGAGCCCGGCGAGAUAAUCGAGCUGUCGAGAAAUGGCUAUAGAACCGUGGACAUCGUCGAAAGACCAGACUACAAGCGCAUGGCAUUCUGCAUCUUUGAGUACGUCUACUUCGCGCGCAGUGAUUCCAUGUUCGAGGGUCAGAUGGUGUACUCAGCCCGCCUGCAGUGUGGUCGCCAGUUGGCCAGGGAAUCGCCCCUGGAUGCGGAUUUGGUCAGCUCGGUGCCGGAAUCGGGCACAGCAGCGGCCCAUGGCUAUGCCAGGGAGUCGGGUUUGCCAUUCGGUGAAGUUCUCUGCAAGAAUCGCUAUGUGGGCCGCACGUUCAUUCAGCCGUCGACCAGAUUGCGACAGUUGGGCGUGGCCAAGAAGUUUGGUGCCCUGGCUCAAAAUGUGGAGGGCAAGCGCAUCGUGCUGGUCGACGACUCCAUUGUGAGGGGCAACACCAUUGGACCGAUCAUCAAGCUGCUGCGAGAUGCCGGCGCCACCGAGGUGCACAUUCGCAUUGCCAGUCCACCGCUGCAGUAUCCCUGCUACAUGGGCAUCAAUAUACCCACUCGUGAGGAGCUCAUAGCCAACAAAUUGAAUGCGGAUCAGCUGGCGGAUCACGUGGGCGCCGAUAGUCUGGCCUACUUGAGUGUGGAGGGUCUGGUCAAGGCCGUCCAGAUGAACAAGGCCCAUGUGAAUCCACUGAAAGCUGGCUAUUGCACAGCCUGCCUAACGGGCGAGUAUCCUGGCGGAUUGCCCGAGGAGCUCAGCUGGUAGAAUCUCACAUCGAUUAUUAAUUUCUUAGGUUUAAUGUAGUUCUAAGCCUCAGAUUGUAUAUAAAGAAAAUAUAUUUAAAAUU